AUGAUAAUCACUCACACAGUCGACAUAGAAGUAAAACCUCGUGCUACAGCUCAAAAUCCGUACGCUUGGGAUGUGCCAGAAGAGGAUGGUGUAUUUCGACCCGAAAAUCACAAUGGACAGCCGGUUAUCAAGAAGAUAAUCGAGUACCUAUACUUUACCAGUGGGGUCAGUGGUGGUAUACUGUGCUUCGUUCUAUUGUAUGUGGUGUUGACACAAUCGAAAGGACCUUUGAAACAUUACAGUCGGAUGUUGUUGUUGUGCUGCUCGUCCGACAUUGGCUUCUGGUUCUGUGAUUAUACUGUGCAAGUGGUAAGUGGGUAGUAAAUGUGUGGAUCGGUUAAUGGGUACAGUAAUAAAGAUUUUUGAAAUUUAUGUCCAAAAAUCUAAUUUUCGUUUCAAAAAUCUUUCAAAACUACAUUGAAACAGUGUAAAAAGCCAUACAUCGCUUAAUAAAUUGCACUUUUAAAACCAAUAUCCGCUUGUUCAAAAAAUUCUGAGCUCGGAGACCCCGAAAAUUUGCUUGAAAGGUAGCACAGACUUUUUAAAACAACAAUUUGUCAUUUUAAAACUUUUCGAAAUUUGAAGACUUUUGACGAUUGUCAAUGUAAUCAAGAGCAAUUACAGAAUCACGCUCAUGCGUUUGGCUGUUAUUGUGUCAUUCACCUACAAAAAUACAAUGUGAAAUUCUUGAUUACUGUACAUUUUCGUACGUUAUUACAAUUGCUAUCUCAAGUACUUAAAAAGCACAAAUAAACUUUUCGUUUUGAAAGUGCAUUUAAACCACGUUGAAAUUCUUAAUAUGUUUAAAAUUGUAGCUUACGAUAUAAAAUUUUUAAUGAAUUUUAAAGACCAAUUUAAUUGCAAAUUGCCAAAGGCGUUCAAAAAUAAUAUUGAUUUUUGGCGGCAAAAUUGGGAUUUAAAUUAUUAUUUGUUUGAAAACCAUUAUGAAAUUUCAUUUUCUGCUCUGUACCCCUAUUUUUUACUGAAAAAUUAAUUUUUGACAAUAAAAGCUUACAAAAUGGAAGGUUGAAUCAAAACGUCAACAAUUUUCAAAUUUGGCGCCAAAAUCAAAAUUUAAAGCUUAAAGGAAAGUAGCCAACCUGCUCUGCUUAGAAUCAGUUUAAAAGUUUUACAUGAUUUCCUUGUACAACCAAUAGUACCCAUAAAGAAAAUUUAGCUCACGCUUUUGAGUUUAUAAAGUUAAAUAUUUGGACUUCUUGCCAAUUUGGCGUUGUGUUUUAAGCACUUUUUGAUUUUCCAGACAAGCUAAGCUGACAAGUUUAAAAAUAUAUAGGUCCAUUUGAAGAUUUUUACUAGAAUAGCAAAGAUAGAUGAUUAAAAGUCAAAAAAUAACAAAGUUAUAGGCUUGAAACACAAUGCCAAUUCGGCGAGAAACUCAAAUCUUAUUUUUUGAUCUCGAUUUUCUCGACGUUGGCUAGAAAACGCAAUUUUGUACUUUUCAGAAAGUCUUAUAUUUACAUGUUGUUAUAUAUAAAAAGUUUUAUGUCAAUCAGAGCGGAAUGCCAAAUAUGGCGCCGAAACUAAAUUUAAAAAUAUUUUUUUAAAAUAGUUUUUUUAAAUAGCUAGUAUUUUUCUAUUUUAGAGGUCAAAACUAACUGAAGGAGUGUUCAUACUGACCUUUGAAGGUCCAGCCAAGUACCUGCCCUAUGACUUUCAAAUUCAUGCCAUGUGUUGGUAUGUGUGUCAUCUUACUCUCAUGCACACGAUCAUUCCAGCACAGUAUUUCUAUCGGUACUACAGUGUUUCGAGGUAAGUAAAAAGGUCUUUGGAGUUGGUUUUUUUCAAAAUAUUAAUUUUGUAGGGUUAUUACUUAUGUUGUGGUAUAUUAUACUAUCAACCAUUGGUGACACAGUAAAAUAUAUUAGGUUGUUCAAUUAAUUCUGUGCCUCCUCAAGUUUGUUCAAAAAAUCUCUUCACAAAGCAAAUUGUUGGGGCUAGAGGGCACAGAAUUAUUUGAACAGCUUAAUAUAAUAUAUUUUUAUACCCGUUUACUACAUCUCAUCUUACUGUAGUAGAAUGAAAAUCAAAAUUAGUAAAACCACUCCCAUUGACACCUAUUUUACUUUUAGAUCAAUGCCAAUGUCUAAAAAACAAACCAUGGGAUUGUAUAUUGUGUCUAUGGUGGCUACAAUCCCUAUGUAUUACAUAUGUUACCAAGCCUAUCGAUACUCUGGUAGUGUCAAACCUGGUGUGAAUUAUGCGAAAUACUUCUACGAUGAACAACCUAUACCACCACUAAUUGUUGGCGAUGUGGUAGGUUACUCUAACGUUAAAAUGUUCACGAUACUGUACUUUAAAGUACUCUACCCUACCCUACCCUACCCUACCCUACCCUACCCUACCCUACCCUACCCUACCUUACCCUACCCUACCCUACCCUACUCUACUCUACCCUAUCUUACCAUAACCUGCCCUAUCAUAUACAAUAUCAAAUUACUGGCUAUGUAUUUUACAACAACAAUAUCACGUAUUUACUAUAACUAUUAUACUAUUUUCAGGAUGACAUUCAAAUGAAACUCUACUUCAUAGCCUCGAUUAUAGUAGUUGGUGGUUGUUACGUAUUAACCUUAUUCUUGGCUCUAAUUACAUUGAAAAAGCUAGAUAUCAACAACAGUAAAUACACGACAAAGACAAAGGAAAUGCAACAUCAAUUGACAUUGGUACUGCUGUUUCAGGUAGGUUAACAUACAUUAGGUUGUCCAAAUAUAGACAAACUAAAAUUUUUAAAGUUUUGCGUUUUGAAUGGCUCAUCCAUACUUGGACAACCUGGUAUUAUGUCAAUAUAUUGGAUUGUUCAGAUAACUCUGUGCUCCUAACUCCAAGAACUUGCUUUGAAAGAGAGCACAGAAUUAUUUGGACGACCAAGUCUAUAUAUAACAAGGGCAUACCUUUUUACAUUGUCAUUUCGAAUUAUAUAUCUCCAUUCCUAUAAAAUACCCUAAACACCCCCCAUAAUAUACCCUAACCACGCCCAUAAAAUGCUCUAACCAACUCCAACUUCAGACGAUCCUACCAGUCUUCACAUCAGUAGCACCGAUACUAGCCAUCUGUGUACCAUGCUUCUUGUACAUCUCCACCGGCCCUUCAGCCGGCAUCUUUUUGGCCAUAGUAUCGUGGGUACCCGUACUCAACCCUCUCUUAACUAUCAUUGUAAUAGCCCCAUAUCGACGGUUCGUUGUUAACAUAUUCAACCGUACCAAGGUCAACAUCACCUCAAACAACUCGGACAGUCAAACUAACCUUUACAUCAAGGGCGUUUCAUUGCCUGCGGGUAUUAAUAGUAGAUAA